AUGGCAGCGUUGACUUCAAAGAUGGACGGAUGUGCCAUUACCUUAGCAUCUUCAGGCAGAGGACACGGGGGACUGGUCUUGACCAUCUUCACCUACGCUGCUCAGGUUGUCAGACGUGCCAAUGGUGACAUGGCAGCCCUCUGGUCCUUCGGAGGACUGAAGUUCGGUAAGGAGUUGUUUUGCCUGGUGGCGGUCACUGAACCUGAAUCCUUGGCGUUCAUCUCCCACUUGGCAUGGCUGGUGGUCGACAUUCCCGGGACCCCUUGUUGCGAGGAUGGCGAUCGAUUUGGUUUGGCAGGCAACUGCCGGGCCGUUGAGCUGGGCCAGGAAAUCAUGGCUUACAGCCAAUUUCCAGAAGGUCAUGUGAACUUCGAAGGUCACUUUCGGGUGAUUCUCUUCAGGCAAGGCCAACAUGUUCAGCCAGAGACUUGGCAAGCCCGGUCCAAGUUUUCUCUGGAAACCUUUAGGGCUCAGCAUGAGAUGAAAACCUUGGCGGAGAAAAAGGUGCGGAUCGCCUCUCAGAAGCCAUUGGAGACGGAGAUGGAACCCAUGAAGCCCAAGGCCUUCAGUUCUGGAGGCCCCUUGGCUCCAGACCCCACGGCGCCAGCGACGUUGACGGCGGCCCUGGCGCGCACGGCGUCGGCGCUCGGGCAGCGCGGGCUGACGCUCUACGGCGGCGACGCCGCGCAGCGCGCGCAGCGCCUGAGCUACGCCGAGCUGCUGCAGUUGGCGCGGCGCGUUGCGGCGGGGCUUUGCGGCCGGCGGAUUGGGGCAGCUGCAGAUAGCAUUGCUUCCUUCGCCGUUCUUCAGGUGCCAGUGUUGGCUCAGCACUUUCCAUGCUUUUGGGGUUGCCUGCUGUCUGGCACAAAGCCGGUGACAGUUGCAAUCCCUCCAGAUUAUUCAGAUCGAAGUCAUGCGGUGUGCAGCAAACUAUGCAAUGUUUGGCAGCUGUUAGAAGAGCCACCUGUGAUCACAACAGCUGCGCACCUGGAGAAACUGAAGUUGUUGCAGUUGGCCAACGCGCAGCUCAUUGCCCUAGAGGAGUUGCUGGCCACAGAGCCGUCGAGUGGGAUCUGGACCGCAGCUCCAUCAGAUGUGGCUUUUUGUCAGUUGAGCAGCGGGUCCACUGGUGUUCCCAAAUGCAUCCAGAUUGCUCAUGGAGGAGUGGUAGCGCAUAUCCGUGGAGAAGCGCAAUUCUGUGGCUAUGACUCCUCAGAUGUUCACGUGAAUUUCUUACCCUUGGACCAUGUGGUACCAAUCCUCACAGUCCAUUGCUGCGAUGUCUACCACGGCUGCGAGGAGGUUCAAGCGGAGGUCGCUUACGUCUUGGCGGAGCCCCUGCGCUGGUUGCGGCUGGUGGAUGAGCACCGCGCCACGCGCACGUGGGCGCCCAACUUUGCGUUCAAACUCGUAGCUGAUGCCUUGCUGAAAGAUGAAAGUCACUUCGAUCUGUCCUGCUGCAAAUUCUGGAUGAAUGCCGGCGAGCAGGUGACCAUCCCCGUGUGCGAAGCCUUCCUGGAACAGACGAAGCGCUUCGGAGUGGCGCGCAACGCCAUGCAGCCCUCCUUUGGGAUGGCGGAGGCGUGCACGUGCAUGACCUACAACAAUCACUUUGAGGUGGCAGCUGCCAGCCGCCUGGGCCGCUCCGCCUUUGUGAAUCUGGGGCCGCCGGUGCCGGGCAUCGCCAUCCGCAUCGCCAGCGACGACAACGAGACGUUGCCGGAGGAAGAGGUGGGACGCUUUCAGAUCCGAGGACGUGUGAUCACACCCGGAUACCUCAAGAACGAGGAGGCCAAUCGAGAGGCUUUCAUGGAGGAUGACUGGUUCAACACCGGGGACAUUGGAUUCAUCAAGGAUGGUCAGUUGUACCUGACAGGACGGGAGAAGGAGAUGAUCAUCAUCCGUGGUGCCAACUUCUACUGCUACGAGGUUGAAGAUGUGGUGAACAGCUUGGAACAAGUGUUGCCAACCUUUACAGCCGCGGUGUCACUUCAUGAUCCCAGCUCUGGCACAGAAGGUCUGGCCAUUUUUUUCGUACCCCGACGACCUCAGCAGCUAGAUGGACUGGAAGAGGCGGCCAAGGAGAUCCGCUUGAAGUUGGUACGACACAUGGGUCUCGCUCCAGGUCUAGUGAUUCCCCUGGAGCAGGAGGAGUUUCCCAAGACGACCAGUGGCAAGAUCCAGAGGAGUCAGUUGAAGAAAGCCUUGCAGAAGGGUGCCUUUGAAACCCGUGUGCUCAAAGUCGGUCACCAGAAUCGCAUGACUUGGAGAGUUUGGGACUUCAGGUGCCCCUUGGUGCCCCUUGGUGCCGGCCCCGUAAUCCAAAAACCAAAACCACCCGCCGCCCUCCAACUGCUGGGCCAUGCUGGGCAUUGCUGGGCAGGCUGCGCCUACCCCCGCUCAUCGUGGGCCCCUCAGAACUGUCGCAUGCGAAUCGACCGAAGAUGGGCAGAUUGGGCAGGUAAGAACAAUAGCUCCGCUGUCCCCAUCUCAGCAUGGAGCAUGGAUGCCCUGCAGAUUCAGCAGAUGUUUUUGUUGGGCGAUUCCAUCCUGUGCCCCCCCAAAAAACAGCCACAGGUGCUGAGCAAGGCUCGUGCCCGAUGCUUGGGGGAAGGGGCAUUCAAGAGGAUCGCAUCAGAAUGUGCAUUGGCACUGCAGAAUGAAUUGCUUGCAGCCUUCUCAGCAGCACGCUUCCAGAAGAAGCUCAACGAGCUGUCCCGCGCCGUGAUCCAAGAGUGUGGCGAGGGCAAGGACAAAAAGACUUCAUACCACUCAGCCUUGAAGAGACUGAUUCGCAGGGAGCAAGUGAAGAUCAUCCCUAGUUACGGCUUUGAUGCUAGUGACGAGGGCGUCAUCGAAAUGCUCACAGCCUUCCAAGCUUUCGAAGAGGAUCCAGACGUGUAUGUGAACUCCGUCGCAAUCCAAGAAGCCCUGCAGCAGAGGAAAAUGGCCAGUCCUCGAAAUGAAUGCAGCAUUCGACAGGUUGAAACCGCAGAUUGCAAGACCUUCGUGAUCCUGUUGCUGCGUGCACAGCUGGUGGCCUUCAGCCAUCCAGCCUUCCAGAAAUCCAUCAGGGCCCUCAAGGCCAAGGCCGCGACAGCUGACGGAUUCUACCAUUUGCCAGGUCGAGCAAAGCUAGCCUUGGACGUGCAGAAACUCAUUCUGCCAAGGUUCGGCUUUGAGCCAUCUCGUGAAGGCGUGCAGGCAAUGAUUGGCCACUGCUCCCAAUUCAUCAACGAGCCAGAGGUUGCCAUCUUGCUGGACAGCAUCAAUAGUAGGUUGGGCAUGGACGCUUCGGCGUGCCAUCGCUUUCGAGACAUGGUUUCCAGCUUGGUGGAGCCAUGA